GGGAGACCGGGAGAGAGUAUGAGACCAAAAACAUAAAUACAUUUGACCAUAUUGGGUUGUGAAUCCGGACAUGGAAGUUGGUGAAGUAGUUGACUGUGGUGACACGUGUGGAGCAGCUACAGACUUAGGUUUUAACAGUGAGAAAUGGGCCCGCGAGAUUUUUUUUAUUGUUGUUUUGUAAGAAAACAAAAAGGUUUGGUUUUGGUUUUUUUUAAAAGUCGGACGAGAUUCCCAACUUUUCACCAGAGUGACUCUGUGAUUCCGCCUAACAUCUCAGAUCUCAGAUCUCAGUUCUCAGUUCAUCUUUCUCAUUCAUCACGGAUCUUUCCUCCUCUCACGGCAUAUUGGCUUUUUGAGAAGAUGGCGGCUAUGGCGAAGCUUCAUUUAUCAGCGAAAGCGGAUCAGAGCAGUGUGCGAUUGCCGAGAGUGAUCAAACUCUUCCGCGAUCCAACCACGAAAGUCUCGUUUCCACGAAAUGGAUCGGUUUCUUCACUCCACACCAACUUAUCUUCUCCAAAACUCGCGAUUCCUUGCGCCGGAGGUGGUGGUGGGAACAUUGGUAAUCACGGCGGUGGAAGCGGAAGCGGGGGAGGAGGUGGUUACGGAGGUUCAAGCGGUGAAGCAGAAGAAAAUGGAUCGUCUUCAUGGGGACCAAUAGGGAUAUUCAUACAAGGAUGGAGAUCACGAGUUGCAGCUGAUUCUCAAUUCCCUUUCAAGGUACUAAUGGAAAUGCUGGUCGGAGUUAGCGCCAAUGUACUUGGUGACAUGGCUUCACGCCCUAAUUUUGGAUUGAACGAGCUCGAUUUCGUCUUCUCUACACUCGUUGUAGGUUCGAUUCUCAAUUUCACACUCAUGUACCUCUUAGCUCCCUCUGCAGCAUCUCCUGGCUCCUCCAAUUUACUCCCUGGGAUCUUUAGAAGCUGCCCUUCAAGUCAUAUGUUUGAACAGGGUAGCUUCACCGUUAUGAACCGUUUUGGGACUCUUGUAUACAAAGGAAUGGUUUUUGCGACCGUUGGAUUAGCUGCAGGUCUUGUUGGAACUGCCAUCUCUAAUGGGUUGGUUAAGAUGAGGAAGAAGAUGGACCCGAGCUUCGAAACGCCAAACAAGCCUCCCCCUACGCUGCUGAAUUCCUUAACAUGGGCAACGCAUAUGGGAGUGAGCGCCAAUGUGAGGUACCAAACGUUGAAUGGGGCAGAGUUCUUGCUGGAAAAGUCGUUGCCGCCAUUGGUGUUUAAGACAGGUGUGAUAGCUUUGAGGGUUGUGAACAAUGUUUUGGGAGGAAUGUCGUUUGUUGUAUUGGCGAGGAUGACUGGAUCACAGUCAGUGGGGGAUGAGGAGAGGACAGAGAUGUCAGAGAAGGAGAAGGAUGACUGAAAUCGCUUAAAGAGUUUUUUCUUUUUGUUGCUAUGCUGUUUCUGUUGUUCAUAGGCGAAAGGCACAAGAGAUAUCUUCUUGAGUUGAAACCUUUUUACACGUUCUUACUUCUUACAAAAGCAAAAGACAUUUGUUUUGUUCUAUGUGUGAGUGUGUGUCCAUCCUGAUACUUGUAUGUCAUUAUUUGGUAGGGUCAAGAUUGUUGGUUUCUGUAUCAACGUCACCAAGAAAUAAAUUCAAAAAACAAGUUAUAAAUCA